UUACAAAUUUCGAUUCUCUCGUUUCUCUUCAUCUAUUCUUUUUUUUUUUAAUUUAAAGGAUUGAGGUUUGAUUAGUGUGAGUGUUGUUGAUUAAAAAAGUUUGAACCAUAAAUGACAAAAAGUGUCAACGAUAGUGAAAUAUGUUAUUGUUGUGAAAAAUUAGCUUUUGUAGUUGCUGCAACUUUCUCUUCUCACUCACCAGAAUUUGACACUAUUCCUGAGGAGUUCACUUUAUCUGUCACCAAGUUUCGCAAAAGGUUCUUUUUCUUUGUUUUUAAUGCAUUCAUUCAUCAAUGUAUGGAACCAACAGAAUCGGUCACCCCGUCCGCCAUUAAUUCCGUUAGUAUCGAACCAGUCGAGGUAACAGAAGGAAAUGAUAGAUGUGAAGAAGUGGGGAAGAGUAGAGGAGGAUGGAAAAUGGCAUAUAUCUUGCUAGCUAAUCAAGCAUUGGCAACACUAGCAUUCUUUGGAGUUGGAGUGAACUUGGUUCUGUUCCUAACAAGAGUCCUUAGACAAGACAGUGCUGAAGCUGCUAAUAAUGUCAGUGUGUGGACUGGAACUGUUUACAUUUUUUCACUUUUGGGAGCAUUCCUUAGUGAUUCUUAUUGGGGGAGAUACUUAACUUGCACUAUCUUUCAGCUAUUCUUUGUUCUGGGGUUGGGGGUGUUGUCUUUGACGUCUUGGCUGUUGUUGAUAAAACCUGAAGGUUGUGGUAAUGAAGAAAUCAAAUGCAGAGAAGCAACCUCAUUGGGAGUAAACAUAUUCUACUUAUCUAUAUAUAUGGUUGCAUUUGGAUAUGGAGGUCAUCAACCUACCUUAGCAACUUUUGGAGCUGAUCAAUUUGAUGAUAAGACUAUUCAUGAGAGUAAUUCUAGAGAGGCUUUCUUCUGUUACUUUUACUUUGCACUCAAUGUUGGAUCACUCUUCUCCAACACCAUUUUGGUUUAUGUUGAGGAUUCCGGUAGGUGGACGUUGGGUUUCGGUGUCUCCCUAGCCUCUGCUAUUGUCGCCUUGAUUUCGUUCUUAGCAGGAUCGAAAAAAUAUCGAUAUGUUCAGGCAUAUGGGAAUCCUGUAAUAAGGGUAAUACAGGUAUUUGUUGCUUCUGUUAGGAAGUGGAAGGUUCAACCUGUCAAGGAUGGCCAACUUUAUGAGGUUGAAGGCCUUGAAUCUGCCAUCAAAGGUAGCAGAAAGAUUAUGCACACCCAAAAGUUGAGUUGUCUGGACAAGGCAGCAACACUGACAGCGAAAGAUGGGAAUGAUCCCGAGAAUCAUUGGCGGCUUUGCACAGUAACUCAAGUCGAGGAAGCGAAAUGUGUGGUUAGAAUGUUUCCAGUUUGGCUUUGCACUAUUAUUUACUCAGUUGUAUUCACACAAAUGGCUUCUCUUUUUGUUGAGCAAGGUGAUGUGAUGAAUAACAAGGUAGGAAAGUAUCACUUGCCAGCAGCCACCAUGUCAGUGUUUGAUAUAUGCAGUGUCCUUUUAUGUACCGGAAUUUAUCGCAGAAUCCUUGUUCCCUUGGCCGGAAAAUUAAGCGGUAAUCCUAAAGGACUAACCGAGCUUCAAAGAAUGGGAGUUGGCCUAGUUAUCGGAAUGUUAGCAAUGGUUGCAGCCGGUGUGACAGAGCUUGCAAGGCUCCAACAUCUUAGUCCAGGGGAGAAGGCUAGUUCUUUGAGUAUAUUCUACCAAAUUCCACAGUAUGUUCUUGUUGGUGCUUCAGAAGUUUUCAUGUAUGUUGGUCAAUUGGAGUUCUUUAAUGGACAAGCACCUGAUGGAAUAAAAAGCUUUGGAAGUUCACUUUGCAUGGCUUCAAUUUCACUUGGAAACUAUGUUAGCAGCUUCAUGGUGAAAAUGGUGACAAUAAUCACUGCGACUGGCGAGAAACCGGGUUGGAUACCAAAUAACUUGAAUAUGGGACACAUGGACAGGUUUUUCUUCCUCAUUGCAAUUCUAACUGCUCUUGACCUUGUUGUCUAUGUGUUCUGUGCUCGGUGGUACACAAGCGUCAAUAUCAAUGUCAAUGGUAGUGAAGAUAUCGAAAAUCAAGAGGAUGACGAUGCGAUUAAUAAAGUUUGAUUGAUUUGAAGGCAAGCCUUUCAAGGAUUGAUCCCUUUUGGUGACAGGAAGCAUGACCAAAUCAGUUUGAGAGAAUUGAAAGAUUAUUUUGUGGGGUGAUUGCUCUCUUGGUGGCAAAUUGGUAUUUUUGGUUUGGAUAAUUUUGUUUUAGUUUUUGAGUAGCUAGGAUGUUAAAUUUGGCAUG